UGUUGCAGUGCUUUGUGCAGGGCUGCUGCCGCUGCAGUGAUGCUGGCAGGAUGUCGGCUUUCUCAGCCUUCCAUGCCAAAGGAUAAGGGGACGUCAGGAGGAGGCGGGGGGGGGGGGGGGGGGGGGCAGGUUGUUUUGAAAGUUGUUUGUGUGUUGAAAGCCGGUGGGAAAGUUCAGGCUUCCCCAUUUGGAAGAGGCAAGGCUGGGUUCCGCUCUUCCAACAUGCGCUUUCCAUUUUUAGCUUCAUUCAGACGCAGACAGCAGCUCUUUUCCUCUUCCUCUCCUUGUUUGUGACACUUUUCUGAGGCAGCUUUUCCACAGGAGACUAAGUGGUCUCACGGCCAUGACCCCACAUUUUCUUCAGUAUGGAAUAUUCUUUUUCUCUCAGAGGCAUUAAGGAAAGGGUCUGAAAAAGGUAAAGCAAUUGCCAACCUAGGGUUUUUUUCUCUUUGUUUUUGUUCCCUCCUCAUUAUUACCGAGGCUGGCGUUUUAAGGCGCUGCUUCAGUCAGAGCAGCUUCGUUUACACUGCUUUUUGGCUAUUACUCAACUGUACCAACUAUCCUGCAUACGCUUUUAAAGUGUCACAGACUACUGUAUUAGUCACACUGUAUCAACGGAAACCACAACACUGAAGGACAAUGAGGAUUAAAGGCUGUUUUCUUUUUUUCCAGGCUGCUACACAGUGUAGCUCGGACGCUGUGAGUUUCAAGAAUCUGGUGAAAGGGAGAGAGUGGACAAUGAAAAUGGACAUGGAGGAUGCUGACAUGACUCUGUGGACGGAAGCGGAUUUUGAAGAGAAGUGCACAUACAUUGUAAACGAUCACCCGUUGGAUCCCAGUGCCGAUGGAGGCACCCUAACUCAGGCAGAGGCUUCCUUGCCAAGGAACUUGACUUUCAAAUACGCAUCUAACUGCAAAGAGGUCACCGGAGUUAUAAGCAAAGAGUACAUCCCAAAAGGAACACGCUUUGGACCCCUUGUAGGAGAGAUCUACACCAGCGAUACAGUUCCCAAGAAUGCAAACAGAAAAUACUUUUGGCGGAUAUAUUCAAGUGGUGAGCUUCACCACUUUAUUGAUGGAUUUAAUGAGGACAAGAGCAACUGGAUGCGUUAUGUAAACCCUGGCUACUCUGUUCAGGAACAGAACUUGGCUGCUUGUCAGAAUGGAAUGAACAUCUACUUCUACACCAUCAAGCCCAUCCCUGCCAACCAAGAGCUGCUUGUGUGGUAUUGCAGAGACUUUGCAGAGAGGCUGCACUAUCCCUCCUCCAGAGAGCUGACAAUGAUGAACCUCACACAAACCAGCGUUAAUCCAAAGCAGCACAGUGCUGAUAAAGACGAGCUCUAUCAGAAAAGCAUCCCAAAGAAGGAGCACAGUGUGAAAGAAAUCCUGAAAAUGGAAUCCAGUCCUCCAAAAGGAAAAGAUUUCUUCCAGACCAACAUUUCACCAGUUACCCCAGAAAAAGACUUGGAUGAUUUGCAUAAGAACUAUAGCCCAGAGAGGUGUUUCUUCCCUCGAGUUGUCUACCCAAUCCGACCUCAUGUUCCAGAAGACUAUCUGAAAGCUUCCUUAGCAUACGGGAUGGACAGACCCAGCUACAUUACUCACUCACCCAUCCAGACAUCCACUACACCGAGUCCUUCUGGGAGGAGCAGCCCAGACCAAAGCUUAAAAAGUUCAAGCCCUCACAGCAGUCCAGGGGUCACGGUUUCGCCCCUGGCGCCCACUUCCCAAGAGCACAGAGAGCCGUACUCUUACUUGAAUGGAUCAUAUGGCUCGGAAGGAUUGGGGUCUUAUCCUGGAUAUGCACCCCCUGGCCACCUCCCACCUGCCUUUCUACCGUCCUAUAACCCCCACUACCCCAAAUUCCUGAUACCUCCAUUCAAUAUGAGCUGUAAUAACCUGAGCGCUUUGAACAAUAUCAAUGGCAUCAACAAUUUCAAUCUCUUCCCAAGGAUGUACCCUCUCUAUGGCAACCUGCUCAGUGGAGGUAGCCUUUCCCACCAUAUGCUGAACCCCACCACACUCCCCAGUUCAUUGCCCAGUGAAGGAGGCCGUCGAUUGCUGCAGCCUGAUCAUUCGAGAGACUUCCUCAUACCAGCACCUAACAGUGCCUUCUCUGUCACGGGCGCUGCUGCCAGCAUGAAGGACAAGCCAUGCAGCCCUACCAGCGGGUCACCCACAGCUGGUACAGCAGCCAGUUCAGAACACAUAAUGCAACCUAAACCUACCUCAGUGGUGUUGGCUGCCACCGGUGGUGAAGAAGCCAUGAAUCUCAUUAAAAGUAAGAGGAAUGUGACCGGUUACAAAACCCUCCCAUACCCACUGAAGAAGCAGAACGGAAAGAUCAAGUACGAAUGCAACGUUUGCUCGAAGACCUUUGGCCAGCUCUCCAAUCUGAAGGUGCACCUCCGAGUGCACAGCGGAGAGAGACCAUUUAAAUGCCAGACUUGCAAUAAAGGCUUCACACAGCUGGCUCACCUCCAGAAGCACUAUCUGGUACACACAGGAGAAAAACCCCACGAGUGUCAGGUUUGUCACAAGCGUUUCAGCAGCACCAGCAAUCUCAAAACCCACCUGCGGCUCCACUCUGGAGAGAAGCCUUACCAGUGCAAGCUCUGCCCAGCCAAAUUCACCCAGUUUGUGCACCUGAAGCUGCACAAGCGUCUUCACACCCGGGAACGUCCCCAUAAAUGCAUCCACUGCCACAAGAGCUACAUUCACCUCUGCAGCCUCCAGGUCCACCUGAAGGGCAACUGCCCUGUCGCCCCUGCCUCUGGCCUGUCCAUGGAGGAGCUGAAUCGAAUCAACGAGGAGAUAGAGAAGUUUGACAUCAGUGACAAUGCCGACAAGUUGGAAGAAGUGGAGGACAGUAUCGACUUAACAUCUAUCGUGGAAAAGGAUAUACUGACCAUGCUCAGGCGGGAAAUGGAAGGAGCUAAUCUGAAAGUGUCUCUACAGAGGAACCUGGGAAAUGGACUUAUCUCCUCAGGAUGCAACCUUUACGAGUCGUCAGAUAUGUCAAUUAUGAAGUUGCCUCACGGUCACCCACUACCUCUGUUACCUGUAAAGGUCAAGCAAGAAACAGUUGAACCAAUGGACCCUUAAGACUUUUCGGCAAAGUGAUUUCUUUUUUUAAUUUAUGACUUGGCAAGUCAGGGUGCCUGUAGCAGUUGCUUGUACAUAGUUUCAAUGCUGCAAAGCAAUCUUGGCUUACAGUAGUUUCUCUACUCUCUCCCACUGAAACAAGGAACUCCAAAGUUACUGUUUUCUCAGGGCAUAAAAAGGGGCAAAGGACUGUGCAUUGCCUCGCCAGUUAUUAAGAGACAAUCAUCUAUCCGUAAUUAUUUUUUCAAUAAUAGUACUUCAUAAUUUAUUAUGCAAUUAAUCGUUCUAAAAGCAAUAAUUAGGAAAAUGUUUACAAUGACUGGAAAAUUCAUUGUAAUUUUUACUUUAAAUGUUUUUAAUUUUUGUUUUAUGGCCAUUCUUUGUAGAUACUUUUUUUUUUUUUCCUGCACAUCUGUUUCAAGAACCUAAGAUUGGGGUUUCCGUAAAUGUGUUUUAUGUACCGAUGUCUUUUAAACAAAUGUGGUUUUUCCUGUUGCCAAAGUUGGACAUUAGACAUGCAGAAUCCUAGAUCUGUUGGUUUGAAAAAAACACUGUCUACUUUUAUGUGCAAAUCACCCCGCUGGGAAUUGGAAUGGGAAACAAAAAAAGAACCAACCCAGAGUAGGAGCAAGCAGGGACGAAAGUGCUGCCCCUGGCUCUCUGAGGAUAGGAGAGAGGUUCUUCUCCCUGCAGCUGUCCGGGGAGCAGAUGUGGCACAGCAAACACCCACCUGCCAUGGACAGUGAUCCCACAGGUUUUUAGGACACAGCUUUA